AUGGUUUUGGAUGACCUUGAAUCUGAUUGUAUUAAUAAGUUGGACUUUGCUUUACAAACUUUUUAUAGAUAUGUGGACGAUGUGUUCAUGAUUUUACCGAGUAAUAAAAUAGACAAAGUUCUUGAGGUGUUUAACAACUAUCGUACCAGAUUACAAUUUACUAGUGAGAUUAAAAGCAAUGGUUCCAUUAAUUUUUUGGACGUCACUAUUACUCGUGACAAGAAUGCAUUGAUUACAAAUUGGUAUCGUAAACCCACCUUUUCAGGAAGGUACAUCAAUCAAUUUUCGGGUCAUCCAACUAGACACAAUAUCAGCGUUAUAUCCGGAUUAAUUGACCGUGCUAUCUUAUUGUCCGACUCCAGGUUUCAUGACUCCAAUAUCGAGUUGGUCAAAACCAUUUUAACUAAUAACUGUUAUCCGACAAGUUUUAUCAACAGACAUAUUAACAACAGACUCAGAUCCAUUAGGAAUAGUAAUUCCAGUGACAGCAAUAAUGAUAGGCAUUUAAACAAAACUCGCAUAACGAUACCUUACAUUGAAGGUUUGAGUGGUAACAUUCGACAUGUUUUAAAUCAAGCCGGCAUGGAUUGCAUUUACACGAUACCAAAGAGACUCAAUAGUGUCAUCAGACUUGGUAAGGAUAGGUUGAGUGAUGGUCAGCACACAGGCGUAGUGUACAAAAUCGAUUGCUUGAAUUGCGAUCGUGCUACAUAG